AUUAUCUCCGUGUCUUUUGCACCGGUUCCUCCGGCAUUGAGAGGGAUGGCGAUUUUACUAUAUCCAUUCUACCUCGAUAGUCGCUCAGAGGUUGUAUUCAUCACUCGCACUCUUAUAUCACUGACGCAUCAAUUCGGAUUGGUGCUCUAGAUUCGUCUUCGACUGGUCGGAUCCUCUGCGAUGGAAGGCGAGCCUAGGCGCAAGCGGCGCCAGAAUGUCGCAUGUGAUUCGUGCAAGCUUCGACGAGUCAAAUGCGAUCUCUCCAACCUGCUGGUCCCUUCGUCCACUCUGGAUGACGACGAUGACGAGAGCAAUCCUGUCCCGUUGUUGCAGGAGAUGGUUCGAAGACAUCCCGAUGUCUCUUGUACGAACUGCAAGAAUAAAGGAUUGACCUGUACGAGCGAGUCGAUCAGGAAUCCUACCAAACCAAAGAAGGGAGGGAAGAGGAUCGCUCAGGCGAGAGAACUCUUCGGAAAGGAGGAAGAGGAGCUCGAUGCGCUACCGGAUCCAAAUGGAGCUGGACCGUCGAGAGUGAGAACCUUGGUAGCCACACUGGACCCGUCAUUGCAGGAGGGUGAAAAUAUCAAAGACGAAAUCAAUGCCUAUCGGAUAUGGAGGGCCAUGAGCGAAGACUAUGCAAGUGUCACUGCAAAAGCUCCUCCGUUGCCAAAGGGCCGGAGAAGUGCAGCACACGAUUUCGGUUCUGCUCAUGGGAAGGAUACGGAAUUUGUCCAAAUCGAUACAGACCCGGCCACGAACUGGGUCAAUGGAAAACCACUGUUCGCGACUUCGAUCGUCGGCCGCGUCGUUCGAACCCGGACACCUUGGAUGCCAUCCCCAGACAUCAACAACGGAAUCAUCAUUCAAUCUACAGCCACUCGGUCCGGCGUUACCGAUCUCUCCUCUUCGCUCGCUACUGAUACGCGAAAGCGACGCUUAACGGAGGAGGGCCAGAUAAUGUCUAUCAACGGACAGCACGACCCAUGGCAUCUGUGGUCAGAUGACCAGGUAAUCGUUUCUUGGGGUAAGAGAGAGCGGGUACAAGAGCGAUUGGCGGAACGCACAUUGGGAUUCGAGCUCAGCAGACAUCUCGUAUCAAUGUACUUCCAGGUCGUGCAUCUGGCCUUUCCAACUGUCAGCCCUGAAUCCUUCUACGUCGAAUGGCUCCGAGCAGGUCAACAGUCAGACCGUAUGAGCCCGGCUCUCGAAGCGCUUUGUGCCGUCGUCGAAGCUUGGGGAGCCAGAUACUCCGAUCAUCCCAUCAUCCUAGGACUCACCGGUGCCAAGGCGAAGACAGCCCCUAAAGUCUUCAAAGCAGACGGAACGACAGUUCCCGGUACCGCCGCCAGGGCUCAUUGGGGCAGAGCGAGGAUCCCGGCUUGUAACGCCCUCGCCGAUCGCGCUAAACGCAUCAUAGAAGCGAAUGGUCUUUUCUUCAGACCGUCAGUCACUGGCGCUCAAGCUCUCUCACUUUUUAACCUCUUGGGUACAAUGACGGACCAGACGGCGAGAGCGGAGGAGCAGUACAUGAUAUCGACUCUGACACAUAGUGCACUUGUAGAGCAGAUGUCGGUCCUCAACCUCAUGUGGGACGCGGACGGUGAUAUUGAGGUCGAUACCGAGGAGCUGCCUGUUACAGUGACCCAGCUGAAGAUGAAACAGAGACGUCUGUUCUGGAGUUCGAUGGUUAUGGACAGUCUCUGGGCAUCGGGUUCCGCUCAAGCGCCAAAGAUGCCUGAGUCAGACAUCGAGUCCGCUGGCCGAUGGCUGAAUGCUGUGGAUAAGAAGUUGCCCAACUCGACCUUUAAGAUUCUAGCUCACUUCUUACGCUGUUACUACCGAUUGACAAAGAUGGCUCGAGAGAUUGCUCUGGAUGUUUCGAUCCCUAAUCGCCGGCCGGGUACGGUCGAUGUCGAUCAUUUCUGCAAGCUUAUUCGAAAGUUGUGGGGCGAGAUCAAAGAUCUCCGUCGAGCGGUUGUGGUGGAGGGGGCGGAAAAGCUCGCAAGCUGCGAAGGCUUCAUGGCUGGAUUCUCACCAAUGAACCAGAUCACAAGCAUCCGAUUGUCAGGGCCUUUCCUCUUGCUCCUGCUACAUCAACAUAUCCGAACGCAGUUGGACUUCAGACGAGACAUGAAGUCCAGCUAUGUCGUCAAUGAUGAUGGUGAUGGGGACCCUGAAAAGCAGAAGAUCGCCAAGCUGCAGGAAUUACACAUGCAGAGCAUCGAUAUCAUGCUGCAGAGCUGUAGAUCGCAGGCCGCAAUGUUCAAGGUGAUGCUUCCGACUGGCCUUAUGCAGACUGCAAGCACGUUCCUUCGGGUCCUGAUCGCCACCAUCCUGUUCAUGGCGGAAGUGCCUUGCAACGAACAAGGUUAUCCGACCAAUACGCUCGGAGGAUUCGGCUGGACUUGGCGUGCCAAAAAGGAAGAAGUUGGAACUUGCGUGGAGGCUAUGUACCAGCUUGGAUGGGCAUGGGCAGAUGUGCAUGAUGUCCUCGAAGCAGUCAUGGUCUCGAUGGAACGUAUGACUCCAUCUGAAGAGGUUCUCGAAGCUUGGAGCAAGACUUCUCAUCCGAAUGACGAGCGGAUCGUUCUGGAGCUGGGGGAGGAGAAACUCGAAGACAGCAGGGUUAUGGAUCUGGCCAUGGUGUACUGGCCACCUGAUUCUAUUCCGCGAUUGGUUGCACUUGCGACCGAGGGUUUGGACAUACAGAGCGCGGCCCCGGUCGACCUUGCACGUUGUCUGGCACCUGAUCAUCUUCAAGCGAAAUCACUGGCCAUGCGGAAAGCUCGAAUGCGGAAAUCUCCGUCGAAUGCCAGCGAUGGAUUUAGACGUGGCGACUCGAUAGAAGGGAGCUCGUCUGAAAGUCCGGUGUCUCGUCCUGGCACUGGCGCCGGGAUUCGAACCGGAGCGGAUCCCUUUCCGUGGUCUGCGAUCUCAGGUGUCUUUGGCCAACCCACUCCUCCCGAUAAUUGGGGAAAUGGUUAUAUACAGGGACAACAAGGCUCCGUUGCUGUCCAGGAGACUCCCAGUGCCCCGUCAGCGGAAACUGUGCCACCCAACACGUUGAGUGGCAUUGCGUCCCAAGAGAACCCUGGAUCAGGAUCUACAACGAGUGAUGCGUCACACAGCCAUACUAAUCGCUCAAGCCCUCUUGUUGACCAUGAUUUUACCCUCAACACUUCUUCAACAUUCGACCCCAAUUCGUCUCAUCUCGCUGGUUUCCUAAACAAUUCUUCGACAUUCAGGUCCACCGAGACGCCUUUCUUGCCGACACUUCCUGGCGGGUCGCCAAACAAUCAUCCGUACUAUACGGAUAUGACUGGUCGACUUCCUGGCCAAUCGAUGCAUUACUUCAGCUCGAACGCGCCUAGCGACCCUUCGAGAUAUGGAACCGGUCCAUCUACCCCGUCAAUGUGGGGUCAUCAUGAGUUCUCGUUCAAUGCCACCCCGAUCCCGCAUUCACUUUCCAACGCGAGUGUGUCUUCGAAUGAGCAUACACCUCAAGCGUCACAGCCUUCGUUUGGACCUCAGACCAUCCAGCCUACCUCUAGCAAUUCUACAAGUCGCCAUUCCUCGUCCGAACCGAAUUCAUCAAGUAUGCUUGUCGACCCCACUCCACCCUUACAGUCCCAACCAGCCUCUACACCACAACAAUCCUUCUUCAAUGCCUAUCUCGACUCGUCGGUCCCUCUCAACCUUACCGGUGGGACCCCUAGCGGUCCCUUGCCGUCGUGGCCGUCCGACUGGGAUCCAACUCAAUUGGCAAAUAGCGUACAGCCCUUGCCUAACCAAGAUUACGCAGAGCUCGAGCAAUUUUUGCGAGAUCUGGACAAUCUGACUUAUAAUCAAGAGUCCUCCCAGUGACUUGGAAUGCCCGUCUCCAUCCUGUAGUGAUAACAACUACUGUAUGAAUGGACAUUUAAC